UGGAUGCUCUGAUCGAUUAGCUACAGUAGAUGAUGUUUAGAAUGCUCUGCUCUGCUGACCCGGAGCGUGAUCAUCCCUGUUAACUACUGCCCGUACCUAGUGUCAGACUGUCAGUUUCGUGUCCGCUAGCUCCUCCUCCUCCUGACCUCCUCCACCGGGGUAUAAGAGCGAGCGGUCAGCAAAGCUCUGGGUUGCAUUCUGCACCCGUCGCUGCAGCCUGCAAGACAGAUCGGCAGACCUGUAGCCAAGCCAACUUUCCUAAGAUAGUAAGAUUUCAGAUCUCAUCGGUUGUAGCGGAAAGUGGGAAACCUUUGUACCUGCAGGCUGCAGCUGCAGGCAAUGAAGCAGAAGAUGGUGAUCAAGGUGAGCAUGCCGUGCGCGAGGAGCCGGUCCAGAGCCAUGGCGCUGGCCGCCAGGGCAGACGGGGUGAUCUCCAUGGGGAUCGCCGGGGACUCCAGGGACAAGCUGGAGGUGGUCGGCGACGGCGUCGACGCGGCCUGCCUUGUCAGCUGCCUGCGCAGGAAGCUCGGCCACGCCGAGAUCCUGCAGGUGGAGGAGGUGAAGGACAAGCCGGAGGAGGUCGAGACGACCAAGGGGCCCGACAAUACGAUGACCGCGCAGCCCGAUGUCGUGGAACCGCCGCCUGACUGCCACCACGGUUACGGUUACUACUGCUGCCACCUCCACCCGCCGCCGCCGCCGAUGGUCGUCUGCGACGAGCCCGGCAGCUGCACCAUCAUGUAACUAACUGGAGCGGCGAGUGACUCCAUAUG